AUGAGCUGCUGCCAGAACCGUGUGAGGAGGAACGACGUCGCCCCUUGCCGCGAUCGAAGCUCGUUGUUGCCGCGUUGCUCGGCUGCGCCGGCGCUUUUGGGGUUCAACCACCGUGCCCAGUCGUGCUUGCGUCACCGGCGCCGCCUCCGCCGGAGCUGCCGCCGUCCGAAAGGGGUUUCGACCGCCGCAGGUGUCGCUACCGGAAAAAGGGAGCUGCGUCUCUGUGAUUCUGACCGCCGGGAGUGGUUCUGUGACUUCCGGGAGCACCGCCAGAGCUUUUGGCUGCUUUUGCCGUCGCCAGAAAAUUCUAUCGGUUAUCGCUACCGCUUGAGGUGGCUGCCGGGCUGCCGCCGAACCGGUUCAGAGACCGUCGCUGUUUCGGUUCAGCCGCUCUUUCUACGUUUUGGUAAGCAUUUUCGAUUUGAAAGCCCUUUAGUUACCGUUCUGUUAUCAUACGCUGAGGUUGUGGCGUUAAUUGCUAUGAGAUUGAGUUCGGUUGUUGUAUGUUGUGAUUAGAGUUGUUGAGACUGUUGCAAAAGUGGCUUGGAGCUGAGGUUUUGGUUGCCGUCAGUUCGGUUUGAGAUGGAAAGGACUUGAUAAGGCAUUUGGGUUAUGGAAUUGCGUUUUGAGGUGGGGGCGCUUUUCAAAAACUAUAUUUUAUAUGUCGAAAUUAUUACAUAUGGAUACUGAUGUGAGAUAAUGUAUUUGGUGAUUGUAUAAGCCUUAUGUGAUGUUGAUUAUCCUAGAUGAAUGUAAUUAUAUGUUUGAAUGGAUUAUUAUUUGGUUUUGAUGAA